AUGUCAACUUCAAUCCAGGUGGCCGGGAAGAGAAAGCGAGCCAGGACUCAGUCUUGCCCGCCUCCCGAACUUCCCCAGCUUGUCGCGGAGCAACAUGUCCCUAUUUCACCCCACGAUAAGGAAACCCAGCGUUUGAUUGUGGUUCUGUCGAAUGCGAGUUUGGAAACCUACAAAGCCUCUCAUGGCGGUCGCAACGGUGCGGGUCGGGAGGAGAAAUACUCCCUUCUCAACAGUGACGAGCACAUUGGUGUCAUGCGCAAGGCAAACAGAGAUAUUAGCGAAGCUCGUCCGGACAUCACGCAUCAGUGUCUCCUCACACUCCUAGACUCUCCCAUUAAUAAAGCCGGCAAACUUCAAAUCUACAUCCAUACCGCAAAGGGCGUUCUGAUCGAAGUCAACCCUACCGUACGCAUUCCACGAACUUUUAAGCGUUUCGCAGGACUCAUGGUCCAGCUGCUACACCGACUUUCCAUUCGCUCCACCAACUCGGACGAGAAGCUGCUGAAAGUAAUUAAGAACCCGAUCACGGACCAUCUGCCUCCCAACUGCCGGAAAGUGACCCUCAGUUUCGACGCGCCCGUGGUCCGGGUUAAGGACUACAUUGAGACCCUGGACCCCAAGGAGAGCAUCUGUAUCUUCGUUGGUGCGAUGGCCAAGGGAAAUGAUACCUUUGCCGAUUCUUUCAAAGAUGACACGAUCAGUAUCAGUAACUAUAGCUUGAGUGCCAGCGUUGCGUGCAGUAAAUUCUGUCAUGCGGCCGAAGAAGUCUGGGAUAUUAUUUAG